AGCGCGGAUUGGGACGCGGGCCGUGUUUGUGGUCAGAGUGAAACCGGAAGUGAAGCGACACACACCAACCCCGGGGCGACGCGAUCAAAAGAACGUCCUGAACAUGUGGAAGUGAACCCUGACUCCGCCCUCCUGAUGUUACCAUGACGCAGUGACAUCACUGUGUGUGUGUAUAACAGAGCUACAUUAACCCCCUGUGUGUGUGUGUGUUAGAGGAGUGUAAACAUGGUGGAUAACCGCUACGCCACGGCGUUAGUGAUCGGCUCGGUCCUCAGCCUGUUAGCGAGUGUCUACCUCUCUGUAGCGGUCGGUACUCAGCACUGGUACCAGUACCGCAGCCCGCCGGUCAGCAACGACGCGGACAACGGCUCCGCCCUGCGCGAGCUGGAGCUGGAGUUCUCGGACGAGGACGUGUGGGAGAGGAACUACAGCACGGCGAUGUUCCGUCUCAACGGCUCUCUGGGGCUCUGGUGGCGCUGCAUUCUCAUACAAUCACCAGGCUCCGCCCCUGUGUCUAAGUGUGAAGCGUUCACUUUACCGCAGCAGUUCGAGGUGAAGUACAGAGGCCUGAACAUCAGCAACGAGGAGGAUCUACUGCGCACAGCUCUAUGGCGAUGUCGCUUCAUCUUCCCCCUGGUGUCUCUCGGUCUGGUGUUUCUGGCGGCUCUGGUUGGAGUGUGUGCGUGUCUCUGUCGCAGUCUCACACCCACUCUGUUCGUAGGACUGUUACACCUACUGGCAGCUCUGUGCUCCAUGGCGACGGUGUGCUGCUUCCUGGCGGGGGCGGACCUGCUGCAUGAGGCGUUGAGGUGGCCUGAGGAGGGCCAGUCCUCGUCCCUGGGGUGGUCCCUGUACCUGGCGCUGAUCUCCUCACCGCUGCAGAUGAUGGCCGCCGCCCUGUUCACGUGGGCCGCCAGGAGCCACCGCAAGAACUACACACGCAUGACUGCGUACAGAGUGGCGUAACACUCACACAUAUACAUACAUACAUACACACACACACACACAUAUAUACACACUCACCUAAGGAGUCACAUGACUGACUGACUCCUCAUCACUGCCUUAUUCACCACUAAACCCCCAACAUGUAGCAGAGUCUAGACGUCUGAGCCAGCGGAGACGUCAAACACCCCACAAACAACACCACUGCGCAGGAUGUCUGACGUUAUGACAACAUUCACAUCUACUACGUGUGUGUGUGUGUGUGUGUGUGUGUUUAAGAGGUGUGUGCGUGUUCUGUAGGUACACCUCUGGUGUUUAGGAUGAAGUGUAAAACCUGGCCCUAAAAAUAAGCCCCGCCCCUUGGCCCCGCCCACAGAGCUGGUGUAAAUGACGGUGUGUUUCUGUGUAAUAAAAUUAGAAAAAGAGUUUAAUUUUUAAAUGUUUGAGACUGUUUUCUCCUGAGACUUUUUGUGUAACAUUGUUUUGUUUGUUGUUUGUUUGUUUUGAGAGUUCGGAGGAAGUGGUGAGUGUGUUUAAUGUAAUCAGAAGGAAUAAUGAUGUGUAUCGUUUAUGUAAUUGUGGGCGGGGCAAGGUAUGAGAACUGAUUUGAUUGGCUACCACUAAGUGACUGGCUCUUUGUCCUUCAUACAUCUUAUAAAAAGUAUUUCAUUAUUAUUGUAUUUUUUUCUCACUUAAACACCGAGUUGAAUGUUUAUUUCCAGUGUUUAUUGUAAAUCUGUUUAAGGAAAAACAUAAUUAGGGUGAAGUGUGUGUGUGUGCGUGUGUGUGUGUGUGUUUUCUGUGUAAAUACGUCUGAACGCGUAGCAUAAACACAUCCAGGAGCUGACUGCGGAUGUUUCAGAGCUGCAUUAACCACUAAAGCCUUUUACUUAAUUUUACGUCUCUGGAUUGUGGUCUUCAUUACGCAAAAUAAUUUCACUUUUUCAUUUUCAGUUCACAUAAUCAUUUCUCUUCUGUAUCUCUGCCGUUGUGUGUGUUUGUAUUUAUAUAUUUAUAAAUGUGUUGAAGUUUUUUUUUUUUUAAGCAUUAUACGCCUCAUGACUUUCAAUUCUGCUGCAUUUUGUCUUAAACCAUAUGCAAUACAUUAACGCUGAUUUAAUCAAAUACCUCGCGGUCAGGAUGAGACGUAGCGGGACGGUCCGCAGAGACGUCUCAGGGCGGUCCAGAUUCACUCUGUGUCUUUUAGGAUUUUCUACCUGUUUUUAUAUUCUUACAUUUCAAAUGUGUGAUCACAAUAAAUUUCUUUACAGGUGGACUGUG